AUGUCAACAAUAUCUGUAAAAGAAAUUGAUUCAGAGGAUAUUUUCGAUGGUGUCGAAUGGUUAGAGAAAGCGAUAUCGGAAAAUUACAUAAAAUACUAUGAUUAUGAAAAAUUCUCGAAUUGGAAAGAUAUCAGUAGUUGUUCUAAUGGAAAUGUUUCAA